AUGGAAGUUUUAAAAGAGGUAUCACCAGCAGUGUUCAAGGUAGCAGUCAACAUUUGGGCAAAGAGUGCAGAUAUGGAGCAGUACUCGCCACCUCGUAUGAUGAUUGAGAAAUUCGAGCUGCGAAGAAAUGAGUUGGAGCGCAGUUUGCCACACGGCAAGAAGCUGGAGACCGUCAACUGCUUCUUCAACCCCACGAGCGAGGGCCAGCUGAGGAAAGUGCUGGUCAAUGGCUGGGCGGCAUUCGACGCCACCGAGACCAUCUUCUUCUCCAGCGCUGCCAAGGCCAUCCAGGAGCAGGGCGGCGCCGUGCCAUACCCCCGCAUCGUCGUGGUGCGUGUGUGUCUGGGCCGCGAGGGCAUCGACUUCACCGUGGCCAACGGCCGAUACAGAGUGCGCGAUCUCAAUGGCGUCAUGACCUCCUUCCUGCUGGCAUUCAAGAACAGCUCGCUGUCGGGCAGCGGUGGUAUGACACCCCCUGCCUCACCAUUCAAGGUGCACGACGGCGUCACCUCGCCAGCCGCUUCGGCCACCUCGCCCAGCUACUCCUCGCCCUCUGCGCCCAAGCCAAAGUGGGUCGGUCAGGUGUCUGGCGACGGUAUGACCUGUCCAUCCUGCAACAAAGAGAACGCAGGUAACACUCGUUAUUGUGUAAGAUGUGGAGGCCAUCUCUAA